ACGUGCCCUUGCGCGAUCGCUGGGAGGGGGGAGAAGGUCCGAGGCUGCGCAGGCGCACAUCCAGCGGGCUACCAUAUGUCGAGAAGAGAUUUUAAAGAGUGAGAGGAGAAGCCAAAAAGACAGCGCCGACGACAUGGGGAAGAAACAGAAAAGCAAGAAUGAGGACAAUGCUAAGGAUGAUAUUGACAUUGAUGCACUGGCAGCGGAGAUUGAAGGAGCCGGGGCUUCAAAGCCUACCAAAGCUGGAGGCAAAAAGAAGAAAAAGAAAGAUUUUGAUGAAGAUGAUAUUCUGAAAGAACUUGAAGAACUUUCUAUGGAGAAUCAAGAAAUAAAGGAUGUUAAAGAAACAGCAAAAUCUUCAGCAGCAAAUGUGAAGCAGAAAGAAGAAAAUGAUGAUGAAUCUGAGUCAUUUAAUGCAAAGCAAGAUAAAAAGAAAAAUAAGAGUUCCAAAGCCAAAAAACCUAGUUUUGAAGAAGAGGAUGAAAUGGAAGAUGAAGAGUUUGCACUGGUACAAAACAAAAAGGGUCAGAAUCAAAAAUCUAGUUUGUCUGAUGAAGACAAGCCUAGCAAGAAGAGCAAAGGGAAGAAUCCAAAGCCAACACAAAAGCUGGACCUCUCAGAAGAUGAAGUUCAAAUGACAAAAGGUGAAGCAAAUUCAUUGAAAGAUAGUGAUGACGAAGAAUCUGAAUUUCCUCAAAAGAAAAAAGGUAAGAAAAAGGAUAAUCAAAAAGGCAAACCACCCCAGACAGGUGAGAGUGAUGGUGAUGAUGAUGAUGAUGAAGAAGAAGAACCCACAUUCAAACUAAAGACAGCCGCACAAAAGAAAGCGGAAAAGAAGGAAAGAGAGCGCAAGAAGCGUGAAGAGGAGAAAGCCAAGCUUCGUAAACUGAGAGAAAAGGAGGAAUCUGAACAAUCCAAAAAGGAAAAGGAUCAGCAAGUUCCUUCUCAACAAGAACCUGAAAAUGCUCCUGCUCCACCCACUGAAAUUAAAGGAGGGGAAGUUCCAUUAAGUGUUGAAGGUGAUGAAAAUGAUGGGGAGAAAAAGAAAAAAGACAAAAAGAAGAAGAAAGAAAAGGAUGAAAAAGAGAAGAAGAAAGCAGGCCCCAGUAAGGCUGUAGUGAAAGCGAUGCAAGAAGCACUUGCAAGAUUGAAAGAAGAAGAAGAAAGACAAAAAAGAGAAGAGGAAGAACGUAUACGACGUUUAGAAGAAAUGGAAGCCAAGCGCUUGGAGCAAGAGAAACUAGAGCAGGAACGAAAAGAAAAGCGAAAGCAGAAAGAAAAAGAAAGAAAAGAACGUUUGAAAAAGGAGGGCAAAUUACUAACAAAAACCCAGAAAGAAGCCAAAGCAAGAGCAGAGGCUAGACUUGAACUUCUGCGCGCUCAGGGUAUUGAGGUGCCAUCCAAAGAUUCGAUGCCAAAGAAACGACCAAUAUAUGAAGACAAAAAGAAGAAAAAACAGCAUCAGGAGAACAAAGAAGAUGAGUGUAAAGAUGAACCCUUGGAAGUCAGCCCAACCCCAGCAGUUGAAGAAGUUGAGGUAAUUGAGACCCAAAUAGAAGCUUCACAGCCCACACCAGUAGUUGAAGAAGAAAAAGAUGUUGGUCUGGAUGACUGGGAAGCAAUGGCAAGUGAUCAUGAACAAGAAAUGAAAACUAUCCACAUUGAACUGAAAGAAAAGGCUGAGGAAGAGGAGGCUGAGGAGGAUGAUGAUGAGGAAGAAGAUGAGAAUGAGGAAGAUGGAGAAAGUAAUGAAAGUGAAGAUGAAGAAGAUAAGGGUUCUGAUGAAACGAGGACCGUAUCUCAGAAAAAACUACCUGAAGUGGAAAAGAGUUCAAGACAGAAACCAACACAAGAAUUUAGCUCAGAAUCUGAUUCAGAGUCAAAUUCUGAAGAUGGACGAACGAAAGAAGAAAGAAUUUAUGAUGAUGCAAAGCGACGAAUUGAGAAACGCAGAGCAGAAAAUACUAUAAAUGUAAACUAUGAAAAACUACGAGCACCAAUUAUCUGUGUACUUGGCCAUGUAGAUACGGGGAAAACCAAAAUUCUGGACAAGCUUCGUCAUACACAUGUACAAGAUGGUGAAGCAGGUGGUAUAACCCAGCAGAUUGGUGCAACCAAUGUCCCUCUGGACACCAUCAAAGAACAGACUAAGAUGGUGAAAAAUUUUGACAAAGACAACAUUAAAAUACCAGGAAUGCUGAUCAUUGAUACACCAGGUCACGAAUCCUUCAGUAACUUAAGAAAUCGAGGCAGUUCUCUCUGCGAUAUUGCAAUUCUUGUGGUUGAUGUAAUGCAUGGAUUGGAACCGCAGACAAUUGAGUCCAUUAAUCUGCUGAAGACAAAAAAAUGCCCUUUUAUAGUUGCACUUAACAAGAUUGAUAGAUUAUAUGAUUGGAAGAAAAGUCCGGAAACAGAUGUGGUUAGUGCAUUAAAGAAACAAAAAAAGAACACAAAGGAUGAAUUUGAUGAGAGAGCCAAAUCCAUUAUUGUGGAAUUUGCUCAACAGGGUCUAAAUGCUUCUUUAUUCUAUGAGAACAAGGAUCCACGUACAUUUGUCUCACUAGUACCUACAUCAGCUCAUAGUGGAGAUGGCAUGGGCAAUCUUAUUGCAUUGUUGGCAGAGCUGACCCAGACCAUGCUGGCCAAGAGACUGGCUUAUUCACUGGAACUAAGAGCACAAGUUAUGGAGGUAAAAGCACUUCCUGGAAUGGGAACAACUAUUGAUGUAAUUCUAAUCAAUGGUCAACUGAAAGAAGGAGAUACCAUUAUUGUCCCCGGAGUUGAAGGUCCUAUAGUUACGCAGAUCAGAGGUCUUUUAUUACCACCCCCUCUCAAAGAAUUGAGAGUAAAGAAUCAAUAUGAGAAACAGAAGGAAGUCUGGGCUGCACAAGGCGUGAAAAUUCUUGCUAAAGAUCUAGAAAAAUCUCUUGCUGGUUUACCUCUACUAGUGGCCAACAAAGAUGAUGAAGUUGCAGUGCUAAAGGAUGAAAUAGAACAUGAAUUGAAACAAACCUUGAGUUCUAUCAAACUCGAGGACAAGGGGGUUUAUGUACAAGCCUCUACAUUGGGUUCUUUGGAAGCACUGUUGGAAUUUCUCCGAGGUUCAAGUGUGCCAUAUGCUGGAAUUAACAUUGGACCUGUGCAUAAGAGAGAUGUGACAAAAGCUUCAGCUAUGCUUGAACAUGAUCCUCAGUAUUCGGUGAUUCUUGCAUUUGACGUGAAGAUUGAGCGAGAUUCUCAGGAAUUAGCUGAUUCUCUUGGGGUCAGAAUCUUCAGUGCAGAAAUUAUCUAUCAUUUGUUUGAUGCCUUUACGAAAUACAGACAAGAUUAUAAAAGACUAAAGCAAGAGGAAUUCAAGCAUAUAGCAGUUUUUCCUUCAAAAAUUCGCAUUCUUCCCCAAUUUAUCUUUAAUUCUCGAGACCCAAUUGUUGUUGGAGUUACUAUAGAAGCUGGCAUUCUCAAACAAGGAACUCCAGUGUGUGUUCCUGCUAAAAAUUUUGUCGAUAUUGGAAUUGUUACUAGUAUUGAAGUGAAUCAUAAGCAGGUAGAAGUUGCCAGGAAAGGCCAGGAGGUCUGUAUCAAAAUUGAACCCAUACCUGGAGAAGCACCAAAAAUGUUUGGACGGCACUUUGAAGCUACAGACUUCAUUGUCAGUAAGAUCAGUCGACAGUCAAUUGAUGCCUUGAAGGACUGGUUCAGAGAUGAGAUGCAGAAGUCUGAUUGGCAGCUCAUCGUGGAACUGAAGAAAACAUUUGAAAUUAUCUAACUAAUGCUGUUUUUCACCAUUUCGGGCAAAAAAAGAUUUCAGCAAGGGUAGCAAGAGUAAAAGGACUGAAUGAGAAUGAAGUCUGUGUUUCAACAGGAACUAUGAAAAGCCACACUGGAUGCUGAGAGUCAGAACCCAGAGAAAAAGUGGUUAUGGCUAGUAAAUGUUUUCCAUGACAAACCAAAACUCUUCCACUGGUUUGACAGUGAUCUGUUUUAAAUGUUCCUACAGUUCCCAAUGUGCCUGCUUUUUUUUGUUUUUUUUCCCCCCACCCCCCAAAAAAAUGUAUUGGCUGCUAUUUAAAGAUUUCUCCUUUUCAGCAGACAGAUUUUGCAAGCAGCAUUUCCAGAAUCUUAUUUACUGUAUGAAAUAAUGAAUAAAAGUGUUUGAAUCCUGUGUGCUACAGUGCAGAAGCAGUGUUCAACCUUUUGACUAGUAAUUUUGGGUAUAAAGAAUUGUUCUCUAUUCAAGGAGCUGCUCUCUUCUCAGCCACUUCACAGACGCCUAAUUUUGCUUUAGUGCCUAUAGACUUUUAUAGAAAAUUAGGUAACUGAAGAAUUCCACCUGCAUUGUGAAAGAAUAUCGCAUUGAUCAGUCUUUUAUUGCUUGCACAAUUGAUGGUUGUGUGACCCAGACUGUAAACUUUCAAAACUCAAAUCACAAAUAAAACUGAAGAAAAUAAGAUUUGUAUUUCUGAUACCUUUCUAAUGUAAUUAUUACCACAGUGGGUGGAUGCACAAAGCAGCAAUCAUUUCAUAGUAAUGAAAUGAGGUAUUAAACACAAAUUCUCUGAGCAGAAUCAUGCAUGAGAAAAUUAUAUUUAAUGCUCUUAUCCAUAAUAAAAGGAUGGCCAGAUUAGUUAAGGUAGUUUGACAGAGUUGACUGAACAAAAGAUUGUAUUAAAUUGAGUGCGAUACUAACUUGGCCAAAAUUGGUGACAGUGAACACUAUAUAGGCUACACUUGCCAUUACUAGUACUUGUACUUUCUGGAUAUCCUUCUGUGUUUGUGUUCAUUCUUAUUGCAUCCAAUUUUUAAACAGUCUUUUGGACCUAAUCUGACCUUUUUUUUUAAAUUUGGUCUCCUGUGUUCUGAUUCAGAAUGAAUGUUUUCCAAGUCUGAUGCACACUAGUGUCCCAAGGCUUGGGGUCUCAUAACAUUCUUGUGAUGCUGGGGUUUUAUGUGAUAGCACAUUAUGAAAUAAAGUAUAUAAUUCAAAA